AUGCCAUUUGAUUUUGACUUCGUGGUAGAAUCAUUUGUGAUACCCAUCAUCAGAUAUCCUAUUUUAGUGCUGAUUCCCUUUUUCAGGGCUUUUGAUUUGAAUGUUUCCACCUUAGGUGGCUUUCUUGUCGUUUACUCAUUCGUUUUAAAUGGAGCCAUUCUUUGCAACAACAUGUUCAAGCUCAGGGGUCGAUGGAGGGCGAUGAGUAAAUUGACACAUUUCAAAUGUGUCGUGACAGGCGGAAGUUCGGGUCUGGGAAAACAAAUAGUACUUAAACUACUGGCGCGAUACGAUAAUGCUGAAAUUAUUAUCAUUGAUAAAAUUGAACCUGAAAUUGCAGAUGCCCGCGCCAAAUUCUUUAAGUGUGAUUUAUCGAAAAUGGAGGAUCUGGAUUUGGCAUUAGCCAGCAUUCGAAGCGUCGGUCAGAUCGAUCUUCUUAUCAAUAAUGCUGGAAUGAGAUGCAAAUAUGGUUCAUUGAAACAGACCACAUAUCAGGAUAUGAAUCAAAUAUUCCAAGUUAACGUUUUCGCGCCUAUUCGACUCUUGCAAGAGUUAUCGCCUAAUCUCAGCGAAGAGCGUCAAUUCUACGCCGUCACAAUCGCCAGUGCGCUCGGCAUUAAUGCUCCAGCACGGGCAUCUAGCUACGGAGCCACAAAGGCUUCACUCAUUGCGUUCCAUGAAUCUUGGACUCAAGAGUUUUCGCAGGCAGAUUCGGUACGCUCGUUGUUAGUUCUACCGGGCCAGCUCAAGACUACAAUGUUUGAAGGGUUUAAGCCGCCUAAGCAGUUUUUUGCGCCCUUAGUAGAACCGGACUUUUUGGCGACUCGCAUCAUAAAUUGCUGCGAAAUUGGGCUACGGGGUGAACUUUACGCACCAUUUUAUGCGAAUUUCAUGUAUGCAUUGAAAACAUCUCCAUACAUGGUGACCUGGCUCGGACGAUUCAUGUCCGGAAUGGAUUCCUGCCUCCCGCAUGAAUAA